AUAUAGGCUGAUGAGUUGAUGCUGCGUGCAACAGAAUCAAGAGUUGUUCAGCAAGUUGAGAGAACGUCAUUGUGUUUCACAGAGAUUUUUUUUUUCCUGCUGGGUGACUAUCGCUGAAGGAGACCAUGGUUAUGUUGAAGAUCUCUGCAUUCCUCGUUGCCUAUGCGCUGAUCAUUUGCCAGAUGUACUGCUCACAAGCUGCCCCUGCCAGACCGGGUAUGGAGUCGAUGUCAGACCGAGUUACACUAACGGACUACGAGGCUCGAAGGUUACUCAACGCCAUCGUCAAGGAGUUUGUGCAGAUGACGGCGGAGGAAAUGGAGCAGCAGGCAGUUGAGGGAAACAGCAUGAGCAGGCCCCUAACCAAGCGCUGCUCCAACCUCAGCACCUGUGUAUUGGGCAAACUGUCUCAGGAGCUGCACAAGUUGCAGACGUUCCCUCGCACCAACGUGGGAGCCGGAACGCCCGGCAAGAAACGCAGUGCGCCUGAGAGUGACAGCUAUGCAAGCUACAGCGAGACAUUUGACAGCAUCUAACCCUUCAUCAUCCAUGCUCAACCUCCUCUUCUUCUCCUUUCCUUGCUCUUGUUAACUGUUUGGAUUGCCACACGCAUGUUGACUGUCCUCGCUUGCACAACAAUCGAGGAACUGGUUAACUGCCACCAACAUUUUGGUCGAUUGCUCCUUCCCGUUCAGACAGUUAGAGUAAACCACGAGCUGAUGGAUAUCUAAGACCACGAAAUUUAGGAGUAGAGACAGAUCACUUAAUCUAAUAAUAAAUGAUGAGCACAUGUGAAACCAUCUCUCUUGUUCAAUAAACAUAUUUUUCUACCAGGAA